GAGCCGGUUAAUAUUACUAACGAACCAUUUUAUAGCAACCGAGUGGAAUACCAUACACACUCACUAGGAUCUUCCACUUUGAGGAUAAAAGAUUUGAAAAAGGGGGACUCGAGAGAGUACCGCUUCAGGUUCUUAACUGAUGAGAGUAAGUUUACAGGUGUUCCUGGAAUCCACCUCUCUGUCACAGGUCUAGAGGUGAAGGUAUCAACUGACGUGGUGACUGAGGGUCAGUAUGUGACACUGACCUGCAGCACUACCUGCCAGCUGAGUCACAGCCCUCUGUAUGUCUGGUACAAGAAUGGACAGCCUGCAGCUCACAGACACAAACACUUACAUCUCAGCUCAGUCAGCUCAGAAGAUUCUGGAAAUUAUGCCUGCGCUGUGCAAGGACACGAGCAGCAGAUCAGCCCUUCAUUAUCCAUAGAUGUCAGAUAUUCUCCAAAGAACACAUCAGCAUCCAUACGUCCUCCUGGUGAGAUAUCUGAGGGCAGCUCAGUGACGCUGGUGUGCAGAAGCUCUGCUAACCCCCCAGUGCACGAGUACGCCUGGUUUAAGAGGACCGGAGCUGGAGCCAUGCGGGUUGGAUCAGGAGGACAGAAUCACAGCAUCGCAAACGUCAGCUCUGAUCACAGCGGGGAGUACCACUGCAGUGCUGUAAACGUUAUCAACGAGGCUGUUUCUGCUUCAGUCAAGCUAAAUGUGAAAUAUCCUCCAAGGAGCCCUAAAACGGUUCCCAAUCCCUCUGGUGAGGUGGUGGAGGGAAAUAGCAUGACCUUGACCUGCAGCAGCGAGGCCAACCCCCCAGUGCACACGUACACCUGGUACAAGAGGAGCGGAGCUGCCAGCUCAGAGAUGGGAGUAGGGCAGAAUUACAGUAUAUCAAACAUGACACGAGGACACAGUGGGGCAUACUACUGCCAGGCAGAAAACCUCAGAGGAUCAAGGAAUUCCACACCCAUCUUUGUAGAUGUUUUAUAUCCCCCCAGGAGCCUGUCUGUGUCUGUCAGCUCCUUUGAUGGUUCCAUCACUCUGACCUGCAGCGGUGAUGCCAACCCGCCAGUGAAACACUACACCUGGCACAAGAGCAGCGGCGCGGGCACCUCUCAGAUAGGCACAGGGAGAAACCUAACACUGGAAUCUGCAGAGAGUGGUUUGUACUACUGUGAGGCCAAGAAUGAGGUUGGAGCUACCCAGUCCAUCUCGCUCCCCAUAGCAGAAAGAAGUUCUGCUGGGAUAUAUGCACUAGUUGUAAUUGUAGUACUCACAGGAGUUGCUAUUCCCAGUAUUUUAUUGAGAAAGAAAAUAAAGAGGGUGACUGAGGUUACAGAGGGCCCUACUGACAGUGAACAGGAUGGCUCAAGUCCAGUGUAUGUCAAUGUUUCAAGAGCGGCCAUGAUUGUUGACCCCAAAAAGGACAGCGAGGACACAGAGAAUGACAUCCAUUACACCAGUGUGUAUUUCAGACACUGUGACAAACAGGAGAUGUCUUUGAGCUCCACACUUCACAAGCCACAGCGCCCUCUACAGGAAGAGGAAGUCCUGUACAGCACAGUGACAUCUCAUCACUCACCACACACGAGCUCUAGAACAUGACCAAAGCAGCGGAUGGGAUCCAUGAAGAAGAGUCUAUAGUGUGAAUGGAGGUGUAGUAUAAAGGCCCCUUCACCAACACUCCUUAUCCAAAUCAUGUCGCUGUCACAGCACUGUGGAAAUGAGGACUAAAUCCCCAUUACAGGGUUGGAAGAAUACACUGUAUGUACAGUUACUUUUAUGAGUGGGGAGCACAUAGGUAUUAACAUACGUACUGUAGUAUGGAAAACAUCGUUAGUAUUCUCACUACAGUUAUGGUCAGGGUAGAUAUAAGCAAUGCUUUAGAUAUUGGGAUGUAAAUGAUACACUCAACUCACAAUGCAAUGCACAGCUUUCAGGUCACAAUAGGAUUUUCUCACAUUUUUAACAGAAUAAGCUGCAGACAAAUUAUGACUGAACAAAUUCCUUAAUUUCAAUAACCUGAGAAGAACACAAGGUCUGAAUGCCACCUAAGUGUCCCAGGUAAUGUGUAUUCUGUCUUAUCCAGCGCUCUGAUUAGGUUUUAAAUUUCAAUAAUAAAUGACCGAUCUGAUUCCAAUUUUACUAUUAUCCAUCAUACUGACGCCUGAAGUCGAACUAGUGACAUCAAGAGCAGAUUACACCAAGUCUAGCCUGGGAAUACUCAUACCCUCAUUUUUUACAUUUGAUUUACAGUAUCCUUACUCAAUCAAAACAGCAAAACUGCAAUUUUAUUGAUGUUACUUGAAAUACACAAUUAAAUAUGAUAUC